CGUGUUUCCGAAAGCAGUGAAGCACAAGAAGAAAAACAAAAUUUUGCUGACGUCUGCACUUUGUACUAUUUCUCUUUCCUUGGGAAAUGGGAAAUCUGAAGGAACACCAACGAAACCAAGCUUCGAAGCCUUCUAUUACACUCUUAAGUUGAAUCAGGAUAGAAAGUCCUCUAAAUUGUGUGGUGCUAAGUGCUGCAAGGAUCUUGGUUUUCUUCAUUCAGCAUAUUUGUUUACAUGACCGGGAAGCAAACUACAAGAAGGCAGCUAAACGUUGGAACCUUGUCACUACCAUUGUUUGCCCUAUUGCCUUCUACUUUGGUUGACUAAAAUACAUGGAUGUUACCUCUCUCGGACCAAAUAGUAACACCCAAACUGAUCAAUAUCCUUUGCUGAUGGAGCAGCCAGAAGCCCAUAAUGGUCAUCAGCAUGUAAUUGACAUUACAAUAAAUAGUAAUGACUUAUCCAGCUCUACUCAAGAUGAUCAACAUGCUGAAAUGCAUUUGCCACAAAAUGAAGAUCAACCAUCAGUUGGCUCACAAGUUUCUGCUCAUCAAUCAUCUUCACCUUCAUCAUCCAGGUUAAACUCUACAAAUUCCUCAUCGACAAGAAGAGGUGAGGGAUAUGGUCAUCACAGAAGAAGCCCACUGAAUUCUGGACUAUGGAUUUCUGUUGAGCUUGUAGUCACUGUGGGUCAGAUCAUAGCAUCUAUUGUUGUCUUGUCAAUAUCCAGGAAUGAAAAUCCCAAAGCUCCACUAUUUGCAUGGAUUGUGGGUUAUGCAUCUGGUUGUGUUGCUACGCUUCCUAUUCUUUACUGUCGUUAUCAAAACCGUAAUCAAAACAGUGGACGAGAUUUAUCUCAAACAUCUCAAGGAUCUUCUGGAGGCAAUCCCUCUGAACGGACAUCUUAUACUGCCAUCUCUGUUGCUCAUGUUUCAGACGAAGAGAAUGGUCGUGCUACAGAACCAGCUACAGGAAACUCUGGGAUUCCUGGAGCCUUUAGUUCUAGGUUUAAUGGUUUAGCAGACCAUUUCAAGAUGGCCUUAGAUUGCUUCUUUGCAGUUUGGUUUGUUGUGGGCAACGUUUGGAUCUUUGGAGGUCAUUCUUCGCCUUCUGAUGCUCCAAAAUUAUAUAGGUUAUGUAUAGUGUUUCUUACCUUCAGUUGCAUUGGAUAUGCUAUGCCAUUUAUACUAUGUGCAACAAUUUGUUGCUGCCUACCUUGCAUAAUUUCUGUUUUGGGAAUUCGAGAGGACUUUUCUCAAACUAGAGGGGCCACAGUUGAAUCUAUUAAUGCCCUGCCUAUAUAUAAGUUCAGAUUGAAGAAAAACGAAAAUAGUGAUGAUCAGAAUGGAAAUACAGCUAUAGAUGAAGGAGGGACCUUGGCUGCGGGGACAGAGAAGGAGCGAUCCAUAUCAGGAGAAGAUGCUGUUUGUUGCAUUUGUUUGGCAAAAUAUGCCGAUGAUGAUGAGCUUAGGGAGCUACCCUGCUUCCAUGUCUUUCAUGUUGAGUGUGUUGACAAAUGGCUCAAGAUAAAUGCAUCUUGUCCUCUCUGUAAAAGCGAGGUCGGUGUGAGUGUACUUUCGGCAGGGGAGUCCAGUCAGCAUUAGAGUAGAAUGGUUGCCAGGUCAGCCACGAGUUUCCUACAAGGGCUGGUAGUUGCUUUUCUGAAGAAGUUCAUACACCCAAAUGAAGUUGUCGCCUUUAAUGCCAGCGGCAAGCAUUUGGACUCUGCUUUUCAGUGUCAUACAUGCGGCAUGAUAGCUGAAGAUAGAUUUCAAGUUUUUUCACAUGUUCGAUAUAUGUAUUUGUUAUAAACCCGUGAAAUGUUUAUAAUGUCAUUCACCUCCCAUCUCUGCUCACCUUCUUGCCCUCACCUCUCUCCCACUUUCAUUUACUUUUGAAGUCUUGUUGCUAGAAUUCUGUUAUAAUUCCCUUAUUCCUUCCUCAGUUCACGAUGUGUAAAUAUAUACAAAAAGUUAAUGAAAAGGUUGACUUGAAUUUGAA